CAGAGAGAGUCCCGAAUCUUAGAAGUCUUUGGAAGCCGGGGCAUCUGUUACUUAAGAAUGGAAGAGGACACAGAUUUUAGACUCAGCAAAGCACUACCUGAGCCAGAUAAUUUCACCAACACCAAAAAAACAAAACUAGAUCUUCAAAAUCUGCCCUUGGAAGAGGGAAGCAAACAGGAGGUCGAUACUUUGGCUGUGUGCUCCGACGAGGACCAAAAUUGUCAGCCUGGUUUGGAAAAGGAAGAUACCAUCAGUGAUGGAACUUCCAAAGGUGAAGAAGGAAAAGCUGAUGUGUUAGGCUCUUUGUUAGCAGAAAAAACUAAUGAUUUGCUGAAUCAGUUCGCCUGUGAUACAAAAGAGAAGUGGAAUUCUAAAACUGAGGUAAUCGGACCAUCACCUGAAUUCUCAUUAGGCAGAAUUCUUGACAAAAACCAGAGAGCUAUUUUGCAUAGUGCCAUUAGGCAGAAAUUUCCUUUCUUAAUAACUGUAGGAAAGAGCAAUGAAAUUGUUGUAAAACCAAAUCUUGAGUAUAAAGAACUUUGUCACUUGGUAUCUGAAGAAGAAGCAUUUGACUUUUUUAGAUAUUUGGAUGCCAAGAAAGAAAAGUCCACAUUUACCUUUAAACCUGAUACAAACAAAGAGCACAGAAAAGCUGUCCACCAUUUUGUCAACAAAAAGUUUGGAAAUCUUGUGGAAACCAAGUCUUUUCCUGUCCGGAAUUGCAAUGCGGAUAAUCCAAGUAUGAUUACAGUAAGAUUUCGGGAAAAAGUACACAAGCACAGGAAAAGGUCUCUUCCUGAGUUCCAGGAAAGAAAAGCCAUAUAUACAGCCUUCACCCUACAAAAAGAAAAUCUGGAAAAGUUUGAAGCAGUUGGUGUUUUAGCCAUCAAACUUGGUGUGAUUCCUUCAGAGUUUAGUUAUGUAGGACUUAAAGAAAAGAAAGCCAUCACCUAUCAAUCAAUGGUUGUUAGAAAAGUGACUCCAAAGAGGUUGAAAAAUAUUGAAAAAGAAAUUGAAAAGAAAAGGAUGAAUCUGUUCAAUAUUCGGUCUGCCGAUGAUUUCCUUAGACUUGGUCAGCUUAAAGGAAAUCACUUUGAUAUUGUCAUCCGGAACUUAAGAAACCAAAAAAAUGAUUCUGCAAACCUGAGAGAGAGAAUUUUGGAAGCAAUAGAAAAUGUUAAGAAUAAAGGGUUUGUGAAUUAUUAUGGACCUCAGAGAUUUGGGAUGGGAAGGAAAGUUCACACAGAUCAAAUUGGAUUGGCUUUGCUGAAGAGUGAAAUGGUGAAGUCUGUGAAAUUAUUUCUCACACCAGAAGUUUUGGAUGAUCCUGUAAAUAGAGCAAAGAAAUAUUUUCUUCAAACUGAGGAUGCGAGAGGCACACUUUCCCUGCUGCCUGAAUUCAGAGUCCGAGAGAGAGCGCUGCUGGAGUCCCUGCACCGCUUUGGCAUGACAGAGGACGGCUGCGUCCAGGCCUGGUUCUCUUUCCCCCACUCUAUGCGCGUGUUCUAUGUCCAUGCAUACGGCAGCAGAGUUUGGAAUGAGGCAGUAUCUUACAGACUUGCAACCUAUGGAUCCCGAGUAGUGGAGGGUGACUUGGUCUGUUUGGAUGAAGAUGUUGACGAGAAUGUCCCAAAUACCAAGGUUCGUCCAGUAACUAAAGAAGAGGAGACAGCUAAUACAUAUGCGAUACGUCAGGUGGUUCUCCCCGUGCUGGGAUACAGCAUUCAGUACCCGGAGAACCGAGUGGGGCAGUGGUUCCAGGACACACUCAGAAGAGAUGGACUACAGACGUGUAGGUUUAGAGUGCCUGCCCUGAAACUGAAUGUCCCGGGGUGCUAUAGACAGAUUUUAAAACAUCCCCAUAACCUCUCAUACCAGCUAAUGGAAGAACAAGAUAUUGAUGGCAAAACGGAAAGUUCCCACACUGAUGGAGCAACUUUGUCUCUUUCGAUCUCUUUUGAUCUUGAUGCUUCGUGUUAUGCUACCGUUUGUCUGAGGGAAGUCAUGAAGCAUGACUUUUAAAACUGAUACCCUUGGUACAGUCGUGUAUAUGUCACUCCUUAAAGGCAAGGGAGCCAAAGGACCUUCAGCAUCUCCCCUGUGUUGGGAGCUUUCUAUUAUUAUCUCCUUUAGUUAAACAACAUCCUGGUGAAGCAGGAAUUUAAUGCUGACGUUCCAGAGGACAUACAGCUACUGAGGGGCAAGAUCUGCUUUGAAGACUCCAGAGCCAGUGCUCUUUCUAGUAUCUCAUGUUUCCGUGACCGUUAUGCUGCACUAUAUGGUUACAAACUUUCUGGACUAUUAGACGCACAUAAUAUGCAACGUAAGAAAAAUCAUUUUGGAGUAAGGUGUGUAUCCUCUAGUUCCUUGCUUAGAAUGUAGAUGAAACUAGGUUGUAAUGAAAGCAUAUGGUUGGAGAAAAAGACGGAUGAAACAUUUUGUUAAUUAUUCUCAUUCUUUUAUAUUUUUGAAAGUAUUGAUGAGCAUAAUGCAACAGGGAAAUAUGAUCCUUCUAUUUAUGAUAGCUACCCCAGGGUAGUUUACCUCUGAGUAAGUAAUCUUUGAUGAAGAUUGAAAUAAAGUAUUUCAUACAGUUUCUUUAUCUUGAAAAAAAAA